AUGGCGUUAGUCACCAAGGUGGAAGUGAUCAGGUUUAAGAGCUUUCAAAUAAAAAAUGCUGAAACCAAAGUGAGCUUCAUCUUCCCACCUCACAGUGAAUUUGGGAUCUUGCAGUUUUAUAAGGUGUUUAAAUUUCUAGACAGUGCCACGUUUCUCUGCUUUGGCUACAGUAGCAGCCCUAUUGGACUAAGGUCCACAUCAAUAACACGCUCUUAUUAUCGCAAUUCUGUGGGUGGCUUACUAGUGUUUGACAUCACGAAUCGACGAUCUUUCGAACAUGUGAAAGACUGGCUAGAAGAAGCAAAACUGCACGUGCAGCCCUUUCAGAUUGUGUUCCUGUUAGUAGGACAUAAAUGUGACUUAGUGUCACAGCGUGAGGUUACAAGAGAAGAAGCUGAAAAACUGUCGUCUGACUGUGGUAUGAAAUAUAUAGAAACUUCAGCAAAAGAUGCCACGAAUGUUGAAGAGUCCUUUACCAUUCUUACACGAGACAUCUAUGAACUUGUAAAAAAAGGAGAAAUCUCAAUACAAGAUGGAUGGGAAGGUGUCAAGAGCGGCUUUGUUCCAAAUGUUGUACACUCAUCAGAAGAAGCUGUGAAGCCCAGAAGACAGUGCAUCUGCUGA